GAACUGUUCAUUUAUUUGAUGAAGAAAUUAAAAUGCGCAUUAGAUUUGGACAUGUUUGUCUUACAGAUUUUCCAAAGGAUCCUUUAUGGCCUGUUGAAAAAUUGCAUUAUAAAGUUUUAAAUGAUUCUCGUUUACAGUCAAAGUUCAGUACAUGUAUUACUAAAGAUAUUAAAAAGAUUAAUCAAUUUUGUGCUAUUCUGGAUGGCAAAGAUGUUAAUUCUAAAGAUGGUGUUGAAAAUAAUCAAUGGGAUAAUUCUCCUAUACAAGAAUUUAAGAUUUGUGCUACUCGUGCUCCUUUGGCACAAAAGGAUUAG